AUGGAUGUUCAAGGUGGAGGUUUUCAGUUGAACGGAGCUCUUAUUCGUGUGGGAGAUCCUCAGCCGGGAGGUCUUCUGCAGGGGAGUAAUUUUCAGCCGGAAGGCACUCUGUUUUGUGGCCCUCGUGUUGUAAUUUACAGCACCAGGCCUUGGUGUGAGCUGUGCAAGGUCCAUUUCAACCCGGGAGAUCUAAUCGUCCGUUUGGGGUCAGAUGGCUCUGUGUCCAGCACGUCGCGGUUUGAAAACAAGAUAAUACGGUGUGACUCUCAUGGAAACCCACAGGCUUUUGGCCCUACUUUCCAAGACAGACUGCCGUACCCUUGGGCUCACUCCUACCACUCUGAGUGUGCCAACGGUGGAGUCAAGGCAGAGGUGAUUUCGCCAGUUCUGGACAAGGUUUGGUAUAGUUAUGUGCCGACCAUGACAGAGUUCAAGCGCCGUCAGAAUUGGCUGCAAAUGGAGCUGAGCAAUAACCUGGCACGCAGCGAAGGUGCGCUCACAGGGGAUGUGGGGUAUCAGACUGCUGGACUUUGCCUCACUUCGCUCAUCACAGCCUACGCCAUGUCGACCAGGGACUAUCAUGAUACCGAGAUAACCUCCUUUCGAGUGGAUGGUGACAUCUGGGCUCGUCUUGUCAAGUUCGAGGGCAAGGAGUACAUCGCAUGCCUGAUGAAUUCUCCUCCUCCCCCGCCUGAAGACAGAGCCAGCUUUGUCGUCAAGCUGCGGAAACCCGAGGGACCAGUCAAGGCCCUCUACAUCGCCUUUGACUAUUUGGGCAUCCGAAAGCUCGUCAUCGGUGUGGAUGACGAGCCGCCCAGCAUCUCUCCAGAGGAAGGCCUUUGGUGGUUGACCAUGUCCGUGGAUGGCGACACUUUUACUUGCCAGAGCGAUGGCAUGAAACUGCGUCAGAUAAAGCCAGCUGCGGCGCUCGAGUUCCUCUCGUGGAGCCAUUGCUGGGCUACUCCACAGCCACCGGACAAAUAUCCAUGCUUGAAACAGAUCCGGACGAACGACAGUUUGGCGCCCGCCCGCGUCAAGUCCGUCGAAUGCAAUUUGCCAUCCAUAACAGGUUAUUCUGUGCGGUGGACUUCGCAACUGUCCUCGAUCCAUGCCCACGUCAGGGGAGAAGAGGAUUUUGCCUUUUAUGAUGAGCUCAAGAGGAAGCCCCAACGUGCCGUCUGGCUUUACAUGCCGAUGGAUGAAGGCGAGCUGAUUGAGCAGUUCUGUCUGCGAUCUGACCGAGAGUAUUCCCACACCUCCACUGCCCUUAUUAUGAAGACAGAUCGGGGUCGCGUAUGGGAAGCCGGACCAAGGCCCGACCCCGGUAUAGGCGGCCCUCUUGCCUGGACUUGUAUCAGCCAAUCCACGGAGAGGCAGCACUUGUUCUUCGAUCAAUCUUUUUUCGGUAUCUCGGCGCUUGGUUUCCAGCAUCCUCUGCCAGAUUUGUGCCCUGCGCGUGAAGAACCUCAGCUCGAAGUACCUCAGCCCGAAUCGGCACCUGGGCAGCUACUGGCUUCCGAGCAGUGCUUUUACACAUCUGCAUCUCUGGAUGGCGUGGCCUCGAUAUCCAUUUGCAAGAAGAAGAAGGCGAGGAAAGAAACGACGGGGGAGAAAAAGAGCACUCCGAACAUCACCGGGCUGCUCUUCACCUAUCAAGAUGGCCGCCAAAGAAGUGUCGGGCACGUCCGCCUUGACUGGUUGCAAAGGCCAACUGAAAUCGGUGACUCAAGAGGCAUAGCAUUCAAGCUUUCAGAGGAUAGGGAGAAGGUUGUCGACCUAACAGUCGGGGACCAUGCAGCCGAGGAGGGCGGGGAGUUUAUCCCUUGGGGUGGAAGGUUGGCUUGGUGGUUCUCUGUCAACCGGUGCGAGCUCAUUCAUGAAAGGGACGAUCCCAGCUUGGAGACACCAGUGGUGCAGGAACCUGCCAGUGGACAAGUAUAA